AUGUACUACACCGACUCCUCGGUGAUGGUUGUACGUGAGAGCAAGAGCAAGAACGGCAACAACAGCGCCAAGUCCAACACCGAUACCGGCACCACCGACACCUCCAACAGCGACACCGACAGUACACGCCGGUCCCUUCGCGUCGUCGAUGACGUCCCGCUCUCCACUCUGCACUCGUGCGACGAGCUCCGGUCCAAGCGAACGCGCGUCCAAGGCGUGGCUGGCGCGCUUCUCCUGGACUUCGACAUCGUGUGCCCGGAGAAAAGGGUGCUGGAAGUCACAGACAAUCUGCUCAUCAUGUCCAACAAGCCCGACCUGCGCCUCAAGGGCGUGCACUUCCGUGUACGGAAGAAGGCCGCCUUGACAUUCAUGGUGCCCACGUUGACGCUGGAAAAACUCGAGGGGGGCGGGGCACCCCUCCCUCGCGUACUGGUGAAAAACAAGUUUCGACUUCGUGGGAUUGUUCCUUGCCGUGUUGGUUAA